CACAAAGCCAAAGAUAGAGUAACAAAUCAGGAAUUUCCCUUCUGCCACUCCUGAGAGCGCAAGAGAAGGACCAAAAUUACGGAUUAUGCGCUUCCCCCCUUGGCAGGGUAACGUCGAAACCCUCAUUUGGACUUGUUCGUUUAAAUUAUUCUCAUUAUUAAUACGUUUAACAACAAUCUAAACGCGUUUCCAUACAAGAUCCGGAGUUUUUUUUCUUCUUCUUCUUCUUCUUCAUUUCGGAAACUUCUUUUGUUUUAUGAGUCUGGAGUCAUUCAGGCAUUUUGCACAACCAUCAUGGAAUAAGCUGCGCACAGAAGUGGCAUCGGGAGAACCAUCGGGUUUGAAAGUUUGGACUUUGUGUCUUUUUCCAAUAUUUUUGAAGCCACCGUUGGGAUUGCUUAGUUCCUCUGCAGCUUCGGUGCUGGGACACCUAAAGACCGAGGAUUUAAAGGGUCUUUUUCAUGAAGUAUACCCAGUGACCGUCUGGAUUAAGAAAAAGAGAGAAGUGGAAAAAAAAAAAAGAAAUAGUGAAACAUCGCCAUUAGAGAGGGAGAGAGAGAGAAAAAAAACAGAGAAAGGGAAAUGUGGAGGAAGAGUGGCGUCUACAUGAGGAUGCUGCUGCUCUUACAAUGGAAGUGAAGAGCUGUUUUACUGCCGCUGCGCUGUUUUGCCUUUUCUUUUUCCCCGUUUUCAGCCAAAAACUCAACGCUAAAGGCAGGAAUGUGUGCAAAGGGCAAUCAGGAUGGGUUUGCUGCAGCGGAUGGGGGCAGCUAGGAGAUGAAUGCCCGACACCCCUCUGUGAAGGCAACUUCACCUGCAAGGAAAACGAGGUGUGUGUCAGGCCAAAUGAAUGUCGAUGCCGACAUGGAUACUUUGGAGCCAGCUGUGACACGAAGUGCCCUGCCCAGUUCUGGGGCCCUGACUGCAAGGGCAGAUGCGACUGUUUUCCUAAUGGCCAGUGUGACGACUUGACUGGCAAGUGCACCUGCAACCACAACCGCUGGGGACCCAACUGCGAGAAAGCGUGUCAGUGCCAAAAGGGCAAUUGUAACCAAGACACAGGGAAAUGUACAUGCCACCCCGGGGUGUGGGGUCCACUCUGCAACAACAACUGCUAUUGCAGCGUCAAUUCUGUCUGCGAUGUGAAUACGGGCCGGUGUCUGUGCAAUCCCGGCUGGAUGGGGAGAAACUGUUUGAACCAGUGCAACUGCAACGGCUCGCCGUGCGAACAGUUCACGGGGCGCUGCCAGUGCAAGGACAGGACGUGGGGUCUGCGAUGUGAUCGGUUAUGUCAGUGCAUCCACGGCAAGUGCAACAAGGCGGACGGCUCGUGUACCUGCACUCCAGGAUACCGUGGGAAGUUUUGCAGGGAGCCAUGUCCGGCUGGAUUUUAUGGCCAGAACUGCAGAAACAGGUGUGGACACUGCAAAGGCCAGCAGCCAUGUAAGGUGACGGAGGGUCGGUGCAUCACCUGCGACAGAGGCUGGAAUGGAACACGAUGCGAUCAGCUCUGCUCCAAGGGCUUCUUUGGGGAAAACUGCCAGGAAGUGUGUCCCACCUGUAAGGAUGGUCAUCACUGUGACCCUAUUCAUGGCAAGUGUUCUCACUGUAACCCUGGAUGGAUUGGGGACAGGUGUGAGGUGCGCUGCCCCAACGGCACAUACGGAGAGAACUGCGAGAACAACUGCAGCCACUGCUUCAAUGGCAUCUGUGACUUUGUCACCGGAGAAUGCCUUUGUGACCCAGGCUUUUAUGGCACCUACUGUAAUAAGACCUGCCAGCCUGGUCAAUAUGGAGUCAACUGCAACCAGACCUGCUCCUGCCAUGACAAGAACUGUGAUCCCGUGUCUGGUGCCUGCUAUCUCCAGCCAAACCAGCGGAUGGGUGUGAUCGCAGCUGGGUCCCUGGUCUCCUUUUUACUGAUUGCCCUUCUUUCUCUCCUGUGCUGCUGCUGCCUCUGUCGAGACAAAGACGACCACAACAAAAAAGCCAAGCGGAUUUUGUGCGGACGAUUCAGCCGAAUCAGCACUAAACUUCCCCGUAUUCCACUGAGGCGACAGAAACUGCCCAAAGUAGUCGUUGCACAUCAUGACCCAGAGAACACCUUCAACUGCAGCUUCAUCGAGCCCCCCUCUGUGGCCGAGCAGCCCUCCCCCUCCUCGUGGUCGUCCCAGGAGUCCUUCUCUUCCUUUGAGAGCGGGGACGAAGGGCCCGUUUACUGUGUUCCACAUGAAGAAUCCACGAGUGACAGCAAAGGGAAGCAGAGCCCCAGCCCCGUGGCAGAAAUCCCAGAGGACGACCCUUACAAGGAGGACGCGGGGGAGUACACCUGUCUGAAGGACACGAGCGUCACCAAACCAGAAAGCAGCGAGCAUUCGCUGCUCAAGUGCUCCGACAGUGAGAUGUCAAAUAGCGAGUCUGAGUCCGCCGUUCAGUAUGCCUGCAUCGCCCGCUUACCCAAGCAGUCUAAGGAGGAGGAUUGUAAUGGCAAGGAUGGUGAUGGCACCCCUGCCCCAGAAGCCAAGGGCAACGGGAAACCUCCCCCGUCACCUGGCAAGCCAAAGCCACGUCCACCGGAUCCCUCUACUAAACCUAAAGUCUCAUGGAUACAUGGAAAUGCAACAGGGUCGCAACAACCCGAGCAGCAAGGCGGAAAUAGGGCACUCGCCGUUUCAAAGGAGAAAAAGAGGAGCUCCAGCGACGGUUCGUCAAAGAAUGAAGAGCGUCAUAAUAUUAAAGAAAAGAGUCAAGGACAACAGAAGAAACAGGACGGAAAUGAUACCGAUGCAAACGGAUCACCUAGCAAACACAAACUGCUACAGGGUAAAAAGUCUGGCGAUGAGCACAGCAGUCCAAGUCACAUGGAGCACAUCAAUGGGGUUGUGCAAAAUGCCCUUAAGAUGAUAAGCAGCUUCCGCAGCUCCGCACCUGAGAAGAAGAGCGUAGAAAAUCCAAAGCAGAGCCCUAAGGAGCCACCUAAGAGCCCGAAGCUCAUCCACCCGCAUAUGAAUUCUGAAGCAGCUACCUUGCUUGCUGCACAGCUCAAGGAGAAAACUCAGAGCAUCAACAGGAAUGAGGGGACUGGACUGACCAAGACCAACGGUUUCUCCCUGCCUAAAAAUAACCAGGAGAAGCCCACGCCUCCACAGAAAGCCAAGAGGACCAACUCCAGUGGACUUAGCCAGCAAGGCUCCACCAAGCCGGUGCUGCCCACCACCAGCAACCUCCAGAAAAUGGUGGCGCCUAUCACCAACAGCUUAGGGACCCCCGAAGCCAAGAGCCCGGAGAAGCAGGACUUGAACGGCUCCAGGACGGGGAACCUGCUGGACCCGACACCGAAGAAGACUCCCAUAAAAAAGCCCCCUAGGAAGAAAGGCCAGGGCAGCACCCUUGAGACGCCUGAAAGUAAAACACCCCAGCAGAAAACGGCCAUUAUGCCGCCGCAGGUAGUGAAGUAAGUGUCUGAAGAAAUUCUGAACAUUUGCCGAUCGUUUUCUAUGAGACAGAACUGUUUGAUGACUGCUAGAACCAUCUUAGCUUUUUUUUUUGUUUUAAAUCACAACAGCAUGAGGGCAGUGCCUCCAGGACCAUUCAGAAGUAACAACCUUGCUGAGAGAAAAAAGCACAAUUGAAUCAGUCUAGGAAGUCUUUCACAAUAACCUUGAAACCAUUGUUAAAUUUUGUUUCUGUACGCCUUCAAGUCGCAACCCAACCUAGUCUAGAGCUGAACACAACUUUGUGAACGGAGACAUUAGCUAAAAGUUUAUUCAUCUCAGCUGCUGGGCAGUGAGCCCACCAUUAUAUUUAUGUACUGCAUGGAAAAUAAGAAUUGAUUUCAUCAGCAUUUUUGUUUUUUUUUAUGUUCAUUUCAAAUGAGGGUUUUGGCAUGGAAUUCACACCAGGUGUCAGUAACAACCUGAAUAAUCCAGACAUAUAAAAAAAUCAAACAAAUCAGUCCAUGCAUCAAGUGUAAUAAAGUACAAUAAGUGCUGCUAAGAGUGUUUAGUGAAUAGUAUUCAAACUCUUUCAAGAUGUCUCCUGUAUGCGUUGCUCAAGUUUGAGUCUGACCCAUUCUUUCACACAAAUCGUUUUAAAUUCCUGAAGGCUGUGUGGGAUGUUUUUGAAGAUAUUUUUGAAUAGACUCAUGUGAAAUGAUUGAGUGUGCCAUUUAAGCAGCUUUACUUUAGUUUUCUGGAACAAAUUGAUAGGUUCCUUGACCGCGUCUUUGAGAUCAUUGUCUAGGUGAAAAAUCCACCCUUCUUUCAUCUUUAGAUUCUUAUCAGCAUCGUGCUGGUUUAGUUAUUUUCAUUCUCCUUUCCUUUGAUUAUAUGGAUUUUACCAGAUCUGUUGCUGCAGUAUAGUCCAACACCAUGAUGCUAUCACCUCCAAACUGAUACCGUCGUGGUGUCGGGCUAUAUUAGCGCUCAUUGUUUGUAUGUUGUUUUGGGGAUGAUAUGCAAUGCCGUUACGGCUCAAGACUUGUGUAAUGACAAUAAAAUUAUUUCAGUCUCAUCUGACUAUACUUUCCCAAAAUGUUCUGGAGGAAAAUUUAAACGAGCUUCACUACUUUGGCAGUGAUGUCUUGUAAAGUGAGAUUUCAGGUCCUUCUGAAGCUUUGUGCGACUAAUCUCUUUGAGAAAUUUGUUUUUGUUUGACUCCUCUAUCUGAGAUCUUCCGGUAAACACCCAUUUGGCUGGUUCAUGGUGAAAUAUUAUGCUUUUCACUUUUGGAUGAUGGCCUCCAUGGUUCUUAUUCAAACAUUUAAAAAUUUAGAAUUACGUCUGUAACUAAUGCCAUCUUGAGAGAGCUUCAUACUCCCUAUCCCAUGCUUCUUCAAUGAUGCCUUGGUAAUGACAAACCUUUUACAAGUUAGGCCAUAAAUUAGAACUAUGCUAGCCAAUAUUAAUUGGCACUGAUUGAUUUCUCAUUACUUUCAGAUUUCUGCUAAUGUCUUGGUUUCCUGUGCCUUUGUACAUGUUCUUUGCUCUUUUGGUUCAUGUUUUUUUUUGACACACAGCAUUAUUCAUAUAUGCAUUUGUUGGCAAACUUAUUAGUUCAUUAAUACUAAGGUUGUUACCAGCAUGUGAUGUGAAUUUCCUGUCAAUAGCCCAUUACAUAUAUAUUUACAGAGAAAAACGUGGACACAUGGAAAACUGAUUUCAUUGCUUUAACAACAGUGGCCAGGAAAAUAGCUAUUAGAACGUAAUGUUCAGAUGCUGAGAGUGAGUAAAUGGUGCUCUGAUGACUAGAAGCUAACAUUUUCUGUGUUCUUUUCUAACUUGCUUCGAAGCAACAUGCAAUAGUACAGCUUGAUACCAAAGCUUUUCAAGAGUAUCCCAGCCUUAAAGUUUUACUUUGCAGAUGACUGUCGACUUUAGGUCUAAUAUUUAAGAUUUUAAAUGACUUCAAUCUGUAAUAUCCAUCACUCUGACAAUGAUUAGUACACAGGUUAUCUUAAGGUUCACAAACUAAUACCUCAUUAAUAAAUUAAGGUGGUUUAAGCUUUUUUUAAGCUUUAAUGUUUAAUCUAUUUUAAAUCUCAUCAAUUGGCCAACUCUGUCAGAUCUCUUUUGUUGAUUCACAUGUCUACCUUUUUUGCUUUUGCCAAGACCAAACAGGAGAAUGUCCUCCCGCUGGAUGUUUUCCAGUCAGGUGAACCAGUAAGCUAAAGGAUAAUACUCCAAACUAUGCAAUGUCCUUGUCCUGUCACUUGUCUUCUUUCUCCUUAAAGAAAUUAGGUUAAUGUCAAAUUCUCCUUUUACACAGAUGUCAACAAGAUAAUGUAUGACAAAAAUAGCCUACCUGUUUGUUCCCCAAAGAUGAUUUAAUACCAGCAAAUGAAUGCUAAAUUUAUGAGGAUGCUUAACUGUUCUUGCUUUUGGAUACAACCAAAAAUUAAAUGGUACUUUAUUUUGCGUGUAAAACCAAAUCUACGUUUGCCGGAUGAUUUUGUCAGUGUUUACUCGAAGUGCGGAUCCCAAAAUGAGUACAUCCAUGUCCGUGAAGGUAUAGCUGUAGAACACCAAUAAUAGACUAAUAAAAGGAGCAAUAAGUGACAUUUCACCACCAGGCAGUGCGUGACAAGCUGCGCCUCUCUUUAUCCCCACUCCAGCUGCCACCUGGCCCUUCCUUUCCCUUUGCAAAGCAUAAAUUCACCGCAAAACAGCAAAACCCUUUUCAGAGGUACAUUUCUAGUGAAGAAGAAAGUAACUCAUAACUUGAUAAUGCUGUUAGCAAGAGAACAUUUUGAUCUGCUGGGGGUGUUCUCUGCCAUGUUGCUCCAACACUGCACUGCUCUGAUGGUGGUAUUUUAGGGCACGGAGGGGCUAAGCCCUGAGUGGCAGCUGUUCACAUGCAUAUACAUGCAUGCACAUGCACGUACAUGCAUACGCGUGCACGUACACGCGCAGCCAGCGUGGCUAUGUAAACAAGAGACUGGAGAACAACAGAGAAAGAUGCGAUGUGCAUCAUACCAUAGUCCAUCUGAAAUAUUACCUUUUAGUUCUUCACGUCACUAUUGUUUAGUUCUUUCUGUGUAAAAAAAUUAUAUGUAAAAAUUUCACUUAUUGCUCCUUUUAUUUUGUUCGGUAGGGAAAAAAAAGCUAAUCUGAAAGCAGCUUUUACAACUUGAACUAUAACAAUUCAUGAAGUAGGAAGUGACGAUAAUCUGCCUGUGGCACGUUUUUUUUAUAUUAAGAAUAUCACAUUUAACAAACUGUUUAUAUUGUUUUCAUCAAGGUACAGGUCAUUUCUUUAUUUUAUUUUUCAACAUUUUACUUGUAUACGUUGUGUACUUUUUUAUUAUCUUUGUAAGCUGUGCUUAUAUGACCUUGUGGGUUCCUCUGUUUUCUCUGGUGCCAAUGAACUGGCUUUCAUAUCGUAUUGGCUUUUUUUGUUGUUUUGCUGUGUUGCUUAUUUUUGGCUCUCAACCAAAUCUGCAGUAAGAGUACUUUCCUUCUGUAAAGUUUACAUUGGCUUUGUAAUUGUUCUCUGUUGAUGUUAUUGUUUGUGUAACACUUAACUGCAUGACGCAGAGUGUAAUUAUAUGGCAUUAUAGCUGCAGAGGAAAUCUGUAACCUUCCUGCUCCCUCCAUUUGUUGUUUCAGCCUCCCAUAAGCAAAUCUUAUACAAAAAGAGGAUUGUACAACACUGCCGUAAUACCACUGUUGUAAUAAGUGCAUAUGCUUAAAACCAUAAUACUGUGUAAUUACUAAGUUGCUAUUCUUUUUUUUUUUUCCGCCUGACUGGCCCUUGCCUGUUUUGAUUGCCUUACGGUGCAUUUUUGUAAAGAAGGGCCUAACAAACUGCAAAACCGUCACCAGCUGUAAGGUAUAUUUUGUUUUUGUUUUUUGUCUUACUGCAACUUUGAUUGCCUUUAUGUAUGGCUGUUAAACUCUGUGUGUUCAUUUAGUUCUUUUGAAUAAAAAAAGCAAUACAUGUAGCCAAAGUGAAAGCAUAAUUGAAAA